AUGUGUCGUUCAAUCGCUACGCUUUUCUUCCAACGUACUUGGUGUUGGCUUUUCAGCACGCCCGACUUUUAUGGCAGCAUUCGGCUGCUCAUUAGUAUUGCGUACUUUCUGGGCAUCACGCCCUUCCAUGUCGCCCGAGACCCGAAUGGGAUGCGUUCGUUGCGCGAUUGUUGGAUUGGAUUUGUUAAUGUGAUUGCCCAUUGGCUGCUGCUCUCCUACUGCUAUACGUACAUAUUUCUUCAGAAUGAAUCCCUGAUCGGUUACUUUAUGCGCACAUAUAUUUCCGAGUUUACGACGCGACUGCACGAAAUCGGAGGACUAACUGCCACCAUUAUUACCUUUAUGAUGACAAUUUUCAGACGUCGCCACCUUAAAAAGGCUUGUGAGCUGAUCGUGCGCAUCGAUCGGUGCCUGGACCAGCUGCAACAAUCGGUGGCAUAUACGAAUAUGCUGCGCUAUGUGCUCGUAGUGCUGAGCUUGCUGGCAUUCCUAGAUGGAGCAAUGAUUGUGACGUGCGUUGUGUGCCUUCGACAGUUGAGGGUACGGGCCUCCUGGCAGCUAUGCUUUGUCAUUGUCUACGAGAUGCUGGCCAUCUCUAUAACCAUAUGCUUCUUUUGUCUCUUAAUGCGUUCGAUACAACGACGAUUUGGCCGCAUAAACAAGGAAUUUGGCAAGGAAACGGGCCCAAGCACAGAAAGCAGCCACCGCAAAAAAAGAGCUGUCGAAAAGGAGGCCAACAAUGAAGAAGAACCAAAUCUACAAGCAGAUGCUGAUGCAGAUGAAGAGCCUCAGAACGGCAGUUUCUAA